AUGUCGCCAUUCAUCCACGGACGGAUUGGGCAGGGAGGGCCAGAGUGUCGGUGCGGUGCCUUCGUCUCCACGCACACCGGCGAGGAGGAGGUGGUGCAAUUCCCGCCCAUCAACCUGGACGACUGUACCCAGGAUGUCCAGUGUGCCGAGCUGUGCCUAGCUGAGUGGGAAGAAGCUACCAACGGUGGGGACCUGUGCAAUCCAACGGGCGAUGGCGAUACGAUAGCUGACGACAUGUGUGCCAGCCUGGCUGAGAAAGGCGUGGACAGGCUGCAGCCCCACACGGUGUACCUCUAUUACAAUUUGUGCGAAGGCCCGUGGCAGUGGGACGGAGUGCAGAGCCAACAGGAGCUGGAGUGUAAGAACGACACCGCCAUCAUCGAUUGUGCAGGGCCCUCCGGCACGCCCAUGUUCUCGACCACAAUGCUGCCGUGAAAAGGCAGAACACAUUAACUCCAAAAUCCUGGCUUUGAAAAACUUGAUGGUAAAGGUUUGAAGGUUCAUUUCUUUAUUCCUACGUGUAUGAGCUCAGUGUCUUGCACACCUGCAUAUUGACCUUCGAUCCUUUGUAUUAAAUAAAAAAAAAAAUGUUGUAAAUGCCAAAAUUUAUGAACCAAAGCACACCAACUACUUCUAUGUAUGGAUAUAAAGCAUUCUGCUCUGUAA